AUGUUUGGAGAUCGUUUCUCGGAUCGAAUCACCUCUAUUUGUGUGCCAACUCCAUCAUUGGAUGUUGUAAAGGCAAACGGUGUUGCGAAAGUGACUAAUGAGGACAAGGAUUUCUUUGGUCAACUCGAGAAAGUCAAAGCUUUUAUCGAACAAUUUUUCACAGAUGAUUCAGAAGUCAUCGAUCGUAAUGCAGAAGAAAUCAUUGCGCUAGCUGAUGCCAUGACAAACUUUUUGCAACGUGAUGCUCCGCAACUAAAACCAGUGGCUGUGAUCGUCGAAGAAAGGGAGAUUCUUUUCGCUGUCAACCGGACAUUCGAUAGAUUUCUGGCAAUAAUUAAAAACUCUACGGCAGAAACUAUUGAAUUUUACCAAGAUCUGGCAACGCAAGAAGUUCAAGGAAAUUUGAGAGAGUUGCUCAAAAACAAGAACGCCAUCGAACAGGCACAGGCGAUGUUAGGACCAAAACGAGAGUUUUUAAAGCUCAACGACCUUUCAAACGCGGUAGAGCUCAAAGAGAAGCUGGGCAUGGAGUCGGAUUCACUGAAGAUUCCGGAUUCAACAAAACAUGUGCUAGAGGCUCGUCUCGAUAAUCGAAUUGCUUCACUGACCGUCGGCUACGCGGCACGGGAAAAGGACGAAAUCGAACGUGGUUUUGCCGAGUUUUUACGACAAAACCAGAAGAGUAUUGAUGAGGAUUUGUUAGACCAAAGAAUAUCUCAACAAAUGGAACGACUUCGGGAGUCAUGUCGAACAAAUGCAAUCAACGAUGACUAUUUGGUGGAAAUCGUGGAAGAUGUUGGAUUGGCGUUACAGGAAAUGAAAAGAAAUGCUCUAAACGAUUUGGAAAUGUCAAAAAGUAGACCCAUGUUGCCAAACGCGUUGCCACCUUUGAAGACGCUUAAGCCAACCCCAAGUGUACCGGCUGAUGCUCAAGUGAUCAACCCAGAGCCAUCAAUGAGACCAAUCGCCGAUUCAAGCAGAAUGCCUGUGCUGCGACCAAACGCAACAAUGUCGGCGCUUCAGUCUUACAAGCUGUGGCAAGACCUUCAACCAAACUUGCACGGUGUUCUUAAGAAGUGUUUCGGCUUAACUCCUUUACGUAACUGGGAUCCUCAAAGUAUCGACGCGAAACGCCUUGAAGAAAACAUCAUCGAACGCUUGAGAGAGAGUCCAAAUUUCAACAAUUUGCAGGAUCCAAGCGCCGCCGCUUUAUGGACCCCCCCAGAAAUGGUUCCUCUUUGUCGA